GCGAGGACAAAUGGCUCAGGUGGACUCCUCGGUAGAUGUGCUUUGGAGCUUUGCUGCUGCUGUUCUUAUUGCUGCUGCUGCCGCUGCUCCAGCUGGUGCUGCCGCUGCUGUGCUGGGGGUCCGGUCACCAGGCAAAAAGCCCUCUUGGGUUGGAGGGAAGUCAUGAGCCGUUUCUUGAACGUGUUACGAAGCUGGCUGGUUAUGGUGUCCAUCAUAGCCGUAGGGAACACCCUGCAGAGUUUCCGAGACCACACCUUUCUCUAUGAAAAGCUCUACACAGGCAAGCCGGAUCUCGUGAAUGGCCUCCAGGCUCGGACUUUUGGGAUCUGGACACUGCUGUCAUCAGUGAUUCGCUGCCUCUGUGCCAUCGACAUCCACAACAAGACGUAUGCUGUACCACAUCACACUCUGGACCUUCCUCCUCGCUCUGGGGCACUUCCUGUCCGAGUUGUUUGUCUUUGGGACUGCAGCUCCCACAAUUGGCGUCUUGGCCCCCCUGAUGGUGGCAAGUUUCUCAAUCCUGGGUAUGCUAGUUGGCCUCCGGUACCUAGAAGUCGAACCAGUAUCCAGACAGAAGAAGAGAAACUGAGGCCGGCGUUAACCACCUCUGAGACUUCGUCUUCCACCUUCCGUCCCCUUCCGUCAUCCUCCAUCCUCUUCUUUCUGCUCCAUCCUGAGCCCUCUUACCACUCCUAGCCUUUUAGGUUUGGGGUUUUUCUUAAAAAAAUUUUUAAGCUACAACCUUCAUACAGAAAAUAUAAUGUGUACAUACAAAUGAAAGAAUCCUUUUAAAUGAUUGAAUACUCUGUCCCUUCACCCAGAUCAAGAGAUGUCCAGCACCUCAGAAACCCACUAUGUGCCCUUCCUCUACCUACAGUCUCUUCCAAGAUCCCUUUUCCAGCCUUCUGCUUUUUCCCUUUAUUUUCAUCCCUUCCUCUGACUUGUGUGGUGGGAACACGUGAACUAUGAAACUUACAGCUGCUGCGCCACCCAGAGCAGCUGCCACCAAGGGCUGCUUCAGGAGGUCGCCCUCCGAGGUUGGGCUCCUCUCUGCUGUUGGCCCCAAGACUCUGAGCCAUCCGAGGAACAGGCAGUUCUUCUAAGAAGGGCUCCCCUGUGAGUAAGCAUGGCUCGUAUACUUGUGUCUACAAGUGGAUCAGGGUUGGAAGAGUCUGGGCUGUUUUUAGACCUUCUGGUCAGCUCUAUUUGUGUAACAAAUUUUGUAAUAAAUAGAAAAAUCCUC